CGGUAAGAAAACAAAUGCAACGAGCUUACAACGAAAGAAUUGUCGUAUGUUCCCGUUGCUAACAUCGCGUGUUAAAAUUCUCUAAAUACAAAAAAGUGCCACAACUGUUUUCUUAAAAUCAAAUUCAUGAAAAACUAUUUUUGAUUACUGACAAAUUAUUUAAAUAUUAUUAAUUGUUAAUAAAAAGAAAACGAAGUGUAUUUAUUUUGGAAGUGUUUUAUUGAGCGAGACAACGUUGAUUUGUUUAGUGCACUUAGACUCUCUUUUUGUUAUUGUUAUAGAUAUUGUUAGAUUAGAGAGCUAAAAAAAAAUUAGCGAAACUGGAUAAACGUAGAAUGAAUGGCACCCGUUUCGCCCGAACUGGGCGAUGUCGCUUCAUAAUAUGUAUAGGCAUUUUGAUCUUGAUGGUCGGAAUGGUAGCGAUAUUUCAUAGCUCACAGAUGCAAUUGGAUGAAACACGGCAACAACGCUUGCAUUGUGAACAGCAACAAGAAGCCUUAAAUGAAAGACUUACAUCUUUAGUGGAACAGAAAUUCCACAUGGAAAAAAACCACGACCAUGAGCGUAAUGAACAAAUGGAAAUUAAACGCAACCUAGAACAACGAAUUAAAAGCUUAGAGGAAGAAUUACAAAAGCAAAAAUUAGAAUCCCAAAUGCGUUAUGAUCAUCUGCAGCAAGGAAAUAAAGUUUUGCAACGCGACCACAAAGAUUCAUUAACAGAGUGCACUAAGACCAAAAAACAACAGCUUGAACAUGCAAACACAUUGGAAAAGAAAUUAGAAGUGCUACAUUCAGAAUUUGAAAAAGAAAAGGUUAAUAUAUCGAGUGAAGCAAAUAUGUGGAAGGAAAAAUACAAUGGACUUGCUAAUGAAAAGGCAGAUUUGCUGACCACCUUAGAAACCGUAGAUACUUUACGCUCCAAAAUCAAAGAACUUGAAAAUUCAUUAAGGGAGCCAAAAGGAAUCUCUAGAACAAAAUCAAAUAAAUUGUUGGGUAAACCGCAAUCGACAACGCCGAAUAAAGUUGAGCCACUAAAAUCGUUUAAAGGAUUAGAAGAAGUGAGUGAAGGCGUCUAUCAUGUCAAUAUAACUAUAAAGAAUGCAAAUCAGGUGCCUAAUGCUUCUGGCUUUACUACUGCUAUUAUUACUAACAAUAACAAUAAUGUAGAAAACCCUAAUAGUGGGUUUUUUAAUGUUACUGGUAUGGGUUUAUCUAAUCGAACAACAUCUGGCAUCAAAAAUAAGAAAUUUGUAGAUAUAAAGGCUGCAGCGGAUCAAAGUAAUCGUAGUAUAAUUUUAAAUUCCGUUGAAAAUUUUCAGAUCGUACCUAAGCCCAUUGUAAAUAAUGUGGGAAAACUGAAAGACAUAAUUUCUUCAUCACCAGCUAGUAAAUCGGAACAACAAAUGCCAUCGGGGGUGUUAGGGUUUAAUGCUACAACGGCAAAAUCAUCGUUAGUUUCUAAUGGAAAUUUAAACAGUAAUAGCCCCCCGUUGGCAAUGCCACCGAAUCAAAGAAGGCUUCCUGAAAAUGUUGCUCCUAUACCGGAAAAUUUUGAAACACUUCUAGGAAAAUCUAAUGUGGAUGAAAUUAAACAAGGUAGCAAGCAAAGUAAUGACGUUGAACGAGUCAACAAAAACGCAGAAAACAACAACAAUCGUUACAGUAAUGUAGUUGACACUAUGGAUAUUCCAAAAACUCAAGGGGUAAAAUCAGCUGCCAACAAGGACUACGAUUCGGCGUUACCCGCCGCAAAUGGAAUUCGUAAUCGUGAAAGCAGAAAUGAUGACAAUCUUAAUGAUAAUGAAAACCCGCAAGACGAUCACAAAAAGAUGCCAGUUGGUCCAAUUAAUGCGGAUGAAAAAUUCAAAGAUGGUGAAAAUGAUGAUGAAGAAAUUGCAGUUGGCUUAGGUGCUGAUAAUGAAGGCGAUAUGCUGGCAGGUUUGGGCGGCGGCUUUGCUGCUGGCGAUAUAGCUGUGAAACCAAAUAAACAGCAGUUAUUGAAGACUGAUAAUCUCAAUAACGAGGUAGCUGCAGACCAAGGCAAAGAAUUUGGUGAUGGUUUACGCAUAGAUGAAGGCGACUUGGAUUAUGGUGAUGAUGAUGAUUACUCGAAUCCAGGUGCGCGCAAUAAACACGAUGGUCAAGCUAUACGUAAUUAGUUUGUUUUUAUUGAUAGCACAUAAGUUUCGAAUAUCGAAUAUAAGAAUAUUUAGAAGCUGCAUUUUGAUAUUGUCAUCACGCGUUACUCUAAACUUAUUUAUUAAUAUAUUGAAUUUUAGCCCAACCCCUCAUUCAGUAAAGCCUAGCAUAGAAGAAGGGUGAGGAUGCACUAUAUAUUUAAAACUUCACUUAUUCUAUAUGCAUUUUAAAUGAGGGCGAAAUUCGAAGUUGAUUUGGUUUCUUCAACCGAGUUUGUCAGAACUUGCGUAGAUGCGAAAUUUCAAAUGGAUAGCUGAAACCUACCACAUACUUAGUAUUGAAGUAUGAAAUAAGUGAACUUUGCUCGCCAGCGGUAAACCCGCUGCGCAACUUUCGGUAUGAAUUAAUCACAGUUUACCAUGGCUGUGUCAAAAUUCAGUAUUGUAUGAGGUGUUGGGCAUCUAGAGUUCGUCUAAAAGCGAAUAUACUACUUACUUGCAUUCUUUAGAGAUUAGCUUUGUCUCAUCUUACUUUACUGUUACUGUGAUAAUUUUAGAACAGAAAAGUCAUUCAUUCACAUUUCCCCACCAACCAUUCAUCAUUCAAAUUUUAAAUUUUUUUUAAUAAUUGAAAAAAAAAGAAAAGAACAUUUACUGCAUUUUUGGUUUAUCAAUGAUUUUUUGCGAUUUAUUGAUUUUAUAAAAACAUUCGAAAAAUAAAUGCAAAAAUUUAAUAGAGUGCAUACCCAACGCAAAUAACACAUUUUUACUAAUAAAAUAAUAAUCUAGAAAAUAUGAACUGAUAGCACUACCCUUUCCAUGCAUAGAUAUAUUUUAUAAGUCUCAAAGGGAAGUCUAACCUAAAUUAAGUUGGGCGCAAAUAAUUAACACAAAUUAAAACAGUUCGAAAGAAGUAUACAAUAAAAAAA